AUGGUUGUAGAGAAUAGAGAUUUUUCUGGCGCAGUCUAUGCUAACCCGCAAGAGACUCAGAAAAAAAUCCUGUGGGAGAAACUUAAAGUUAUUGCUGCUAGUAUGCUGGAGUCUUGCCUUUUAGAAGGAGAUUUCAACGAUAUUGCUAAUAGUACUGAAAAACGAGGUGGGCUCCAAGCUUCUCAAAGUAGAUGCAACAUGUUUCGUAACAAGAUCCAGAGCUGCAAGCUUGAUGAUCUAGAGACGCGUGGUCCAAUGUUUACGUGGCGUGGUCCUUACUUUCAUGGAGGGCAACGCAUUUACGAGAAAUUUGAUUGUGUCCUUAGUAACGAUAGAUGGAUAUGUAGUUACCUGAAUGCAUACGUAAAAGUUUUGGCCCGUGUUGAGUUCUCGGAUCAUCAUUCUAUUCUCAUAGUUCCAACUAUUAUUGUCAAUGCUAGAAAAGAAAAACCCUUCAGAUUUGAGAAUGCGUGGCUUCUCAAAGAAACAUACCAUGAUAUGAUUAAGCAAGUCUGGAACAAUGAGGAUAAUUUCCUGCAAAAUAUUAGCAAUACCAGCGAAGGAAUCAAAGAGUGGAAGUAUGAAACUUUUGAUGAAGUUAGAAGAAGGAAAGAGAAACUAUGCGUCGGUUAG